AUAUUUAUUUCGGUAUCACCAGGACCGAACUUGGAACAUGCCAAUAAUUAAGGGACAAAAAAUGCAAUUCUCCCCUAUUAUAAAAACACAACAUGAACGUUUGACUUUGCAAUUAGAUCACACAAACAAGAAAGAAUAGGUAACAACAAACGAAGAGUCCUCCAAUGGAAGAAGAGUUUAGCCAUUUUAGCCAUCGCCACCCAUUAAAGAUCUCCGAUAUUCUCGACGAAGAAGAUCAAGUCAUAUGCUCCGGCUGUGAGCACGAUCUCUCUGGCGGGUCCGCCUACACAUGUACAAAAAAUAAUUGCAACUUCAUUCUCCAUGACUCUUGUUUCGAGUUGCCAAGGCAAAUUAAACACAAGUCUCACCCGAAACACACUUUAAGUCUCCUUCUUUCCUCCUAUAACGAUGGGGAAUACAUGCGCGCAUGUGGGAAUUCAGGCCACGCUUUUACGUUUCAUUGUGAGAAAUGUAAGUUUGAUCUUCAUGUUGAGUGUGCUUCGUUGCCCGAGAUUGAAGAGAGGGAAGAUCAUCAACAUCCUCUUACGUUGUGUUAUAGUAACUUAUUUUUAGGUAAGGGGGAUGAAGUGGACGUGAUGUGUUAUGUUUGUAAAAGAGGAGUUGGAAAGACUUGUUGGUUUUAUUAUUGUUUGGCUUGUAAAUGUGGUGCACAUUUGGAUUGUGUAGCUAAUCAAGAAAUUGUAGUGUCAGAAAUUUGAGAAACUUGGAAUUUUCUAUUGUUGAGGGCAAAUUUAAGAGAAAAUAUAUGUAUGCUCCUGUAGAAAUCCAAUGCUCCUCGAUCUAGAGCUGCCUUUUGAUGUCUAAUUAAUCUACCGUUUCAACUAAGUUUGCGAUGUCUACUAGUCAUUUGUUUGAUUCAACAUAUUUGCCAUUAUUUUGGUUCUCUUCAUUGAACCUUGUUGAGUA